ACCCAGAAAGUUACACAAUGAAGCUUUGUCCUGCAUUCUCAUGACUUUUUUUUGUCUUUGAGACAGUCUCACUCUGUCGCCUGGGCUGGAGUGCAGUGGCACAAUCUCGGCUCACUGCAACCUCCGCCUCUGGGUUCAGGCAAUUCUCCUGUCUUAGCCUCCUGAGUAGCUGGGAUUUCAGGAGUACACCACCAUGCCCAGCUAAUUUUUUUUUUAUUUGAGACAGAGUUUUUGCUCUUGUUGCCCGGGCUGGUGUGCAGUGGCACAGCUCGGCUCACUGCAACCUCCGCCUCCCAGGUUCAAGCGAUUCUCCUGCCUCAGCCUCCCGAGUAGCUGGGAUUAGAGGCGUGCAUCACCAUGUCCAGCCAAUUUUGUAUUUUCAGUAGAGAUGGGUUUCUCCAUGUUGGUCAGGCUGGUCUCGAACUCCUGACCGCAGGUGACCGCCUGCCUUGGCCUCUUAAAAUGCUGGGAUUACAGGCAUGAGACACCGCGCCCAGCCCUAAUUUUGUAUUAUUAUUAGAGAUGGAGUUUCACCACGUUAGCCAGGCUGGUCUCGAACUUCUGACCUCAGGUGAUCCACCUGAAUUGGCCUCCCCAAAUGCUGAGAUUACAGGUGUGAGCCACCUCGCCCAGUUCAUUCCCUUUACUUUGAAACAUCUGUGGGACAUUCAUGGAGGUGGAGGGUCUGUUUCUAAGCCUCUGAGUUCCAAAUCUGCUUUGCAUAUUUUUUGACAGCUCACCUCCCCAUUCCCCUGCCCCACCCUGCUGCUUUCUUCCGUGUGCUGAAUCACGGGGGACCAGGUCCUUUGUUCUGUAGCCAGGCUCAGUCCACAUUCUGGGCUGGGCUGAUUGCUGCCUUGUGGUGUUGUUUCACUGGCAACUUUAUCCUCCUGUUUUCUGCAAACUGGUGGUUACAGUGAGAAGCUUGAUCUGAUUUUUUUCUUUUCAUUUUUUUUUUGUUUGUUUUAAAGGGAGCUCCGUAGCUGGUAGUUAGCCUCCUGCUGCUUCACUGAAGCUGGGGAGUGGCUGCUUUUUUCUCUUUCCUUGUGUGUUAGGACUGCUGGGAGCUUGGGUGGUGCCUGCUUCUUGCCUUAGUAAAAUUCCUCAGCCUUUGUUUUUUUUGUUUGUUUGUGUGUUUUUUGUUUUUUUGGAGACAGAGUUUCAUUUUUUUUUUUUUUGAGACGGAGUUUCGCUCUUGUUACCCAGGCUGGAGUGCAGUGGCCCGAUCUCGGCUCACCACAACCUCCGCCUUCUGGGUUCAAGCAAUUCUGCUCCUCAGCCUCCUGAGUAGCUGAGAUUACGGGCGCAGCCACCACGCCUGGCCAAUGUUUGUAUUUUAGUAGAGACGGGGUUUCGCCAUGUUGGCCAGGCCGGUCUCGAACUCCAGACCUCUCUAGUGAUCCACUCACCUUGGUCUCCCAAAGUGCUGGGAUUACAGGCCUGAGCCACCAUAUCGCGUCCAUCUCUAUUAAAAAAAAAAAAAAAAAAUUUUAAGGUGGGGCUCGAUGACUCACGCCUGUAAUCCCAGCACUUUGGGAGGCUGAGGAGGGUGGAUCACCUGAGGUCAGGAGUUGGAGACCAGCCUGGCCAACAUGGUGAAACCCUCACCCCCACCCCACCCCCAUCUCUACUAAAACUGGAAACAUUAGCUGGGCGUGGUGGCUGCGUCUAUAAUCCCAGGUACUUGGAAGCUGAGGCAGGAGAAUGACUUGAACUUGGGAGGCGGAGGUUGCAUUGAGCUUAGAUGGAACCAUUGCACUCUGACCUGGGCAAAAAGAGUGAAAAUCUGUCUCAAAAAAAAUAAUAAUAAUUUAAAAAAGAAAUAAAUAUAGGACUCUAAGGGGACUCAGAGUCAGUGAGAGCCUGGCCUAGCUGGACUUUGUCCCCACCCACUAUCUCUUUGCUGCCUUCCUGGAAGUCUUCCUGUCUGCCUGGAGGAGAGUGGGGGCCCUUUUCUGUUCAGGGCAUCCUACCACAGUUCCGCAAGGAAGACCCCCGGGGACCAGGAUGGGGGAUGAAACCUUGACCCGCCUCUCUCCCCUACCUCUAUAGCCGGGCUUGGGGUGCCUGAUGCAGGUGGAGGAGCUCCGGGCGGAUAACAAGAUGGACUUCCUGGCAGGCCCUGUGGAAGGGGGAGGGGCUCCUGGCUCACUGCCCUCCCUAAGCCCAGCAGCACCUGCUCUGGAAAGCCCAGUAGAUCCUGGGCGGGGUUUGCCAGUCACGGAUGCUGGAAGGGUUUCUUUGGCCCUGAGUAAAGGGAGAGGCCCAGAGGGAGCACUGAGUUGCCAGCAGAGCCACCCUGAUUCCUUCAGCAGGACCCGGAGUGAGCAGCAGUUUCCAGGAACCAUCCUGGCAGUAAAGGUGCAGGUGGCUCGGGCACAGCUGUUGGUGACCCGACUUUCCUGGCUCCACCCUGGAGGGUGCUCCCUCAGACCCGGGGCUCCCCAGAGUCUUCAAGGACCCCAAGCUGCGGGUCUCACCUCCGUGCUCUGCCCUUGCUCAGGGAGGCAGUUCCGUGCCUCCUGCACUCCCUGAUCCCGCUCUGAAUCACCGCUUCUGUGAUUCAAACCCCACUGCUGGAGAAUAAAGGUGGGGUUUGCAAGUGAUGGCCCCACAUUUUUGUUUGAAGCUCCCUUCUCCUCCCCAGAGUGGAAGUGAUCUUGCUGGGAAUCCAGGAAUCCCGGGGAAGUGCUGGAAGAAAGUGGGCUUUGGCAGUGUCGGGGUGCCACUGAGCAGGGCGUGCAGAGCUGCCCGGGGCAGGGGUGGGUAGGGGUGGAGAAAGGCUUUCAGGGCUGGGAGACAGGACGGGGCCCCAGGUGAGCAGAGAGCUGGGUUAUUUCAUGGGAACAGCUGGCAACAAAGCCAGAGGGGUGUGCGGGGCCAGGCCAGAGGCUGGGAUUCUGUCUUAGGGGUAUGGAGAGCCCUGGAGGGGCUGUGAGUUGGGGCGGGGCAGGGCCGGCGGUGGGUGUAGGGGACCGAGGGGAGAGGAAGAGGCCAGGCUGGAAUCGUGGACGGGUGGGACAAAGAGAACCCAAAAGAAGUGACCUAGGUUGGGUGUGGUGGCCCACGCCUGUAAUCCAAACACUUUGGAGGCCAAGGCAGGUGGAUCACCUGAGGUCAGGAGUUCAAGACCAGCCUGACCAACAUGGAGAAACUCCGUCUAUAAAAAAAAGGAGUGAUCUAGUCUGGACACGGUGGCUCACACUGUAAUCCCAGCACUUUGGGAGGCCGAGACAGGAGGAUCACUUGAGGUCAGGGUUUUGAGACCAGUCUGGCCAACAUAGUGAAACCCCAUCUCUACUAAAAAUACAAAAGUUAGCCGGUUGUGAUGGCAUGCACCUGUAAUCCUAGCGACUCAGGAGGCUGAGGCGUGACAGUCGUUUGAACCCGGGAAGCAGCGUUCCCGUGAGUUCCAGUGAGUCAAGAUGGUGCCACUGCACUCCAGCCUGGGCAACAGAGUGAGGCUCCAUCUCAAAAAAAAAAAAAAAAAGAAGAAAAAAGAGGAAGAGACUUAUAGAUUUUAGUGACCCCAGUCCUCUGACAGAAUUGGCAGCCGGGCUCCUGCUUCGAAACUCGGGCCCUGGCUGGGUGUGGUGGCUCACGUCUGUAAUCUCAGUACUUUGGGAGGUAGAGGUGGAUGGAUCAUGAGGUCAGGAAUUCAAGACCAGCCUGACCAAUAUGGUGAAACCUCAUCUCUACUAAAAAUACCAAAAAUUAGCCAAGUGUGAUGGCGGGCACCUGUAAUACCAGCUAUUCAGGAGGCUGAGGCAGGAGAAUUGCUUGAACCCAGGAGGUGGAGGUUGCAGUGAGCUGAGAUCGAGCCACUGCACUCCAGCCUGGUUGACAGAGUGAGACUCCAUCUCAAAAAAAAAAAAAAAAAGAGAGAGAGAGAGAGAGAGAGAAAUCAGGGCCCCUUUCCAUUCUGGCAUCCUAAUCACAAUCUUCCAAGGGAAGACCCCCCACCCAGGGCACCCAGAUGGAGGAAGAACCCUUGACCUCCCUCUCUCCUCUGCCCCUAUGGCCCAGUCGGAGGUGUCUGAUGCAGCUGUAGGGACUGAGGGCAGAUAACAAGAUGGACUUCCUGACCUCAGAGGACUAGGGAAACCCCAAGCGCUCCCCUCUACCAGAAGCUCUACUGCCCUGGAUUCCACUCUGGCUGUUGGCAUUUCUCAAGAUUUCCCCUCAGGCCCCUGGUAGCUGCUUUACCAAUCACCCCCUGCCAUCUCAGCCUGCCACAUCCCUGGGCCACCCCCUUGCUCAUCUGAGCCCCUCCCAGCCACAGGGCCAGUCUCUGAGCCUCAGUUUCUUUUGCUGUGAAAUGGACAUAGUGUCACCUACUUUGCGUUUUUUGUUGUUGUUGCCUUGGGGUUUUUUUGAAACGGUCUCGCUCUGUUGCCCAGGCUGGAACGUAGUGGCAGGAUCUUGGCUCACUGCAGCCUCAACCUCCCUGACCUCAGGUGAUCCUCUGCACUCAGCCUCCUGAGUAUCUGGGCCUACAGAUGCACACCAGCACUCUUGUCAAAUUUUUUUUUUUGAGAUGGAAUUUUGCUUUUUGUUGCCCAGUCUGGAAUGUAAUGGCACGAUCCUGGCUUACUGCAACUCUGCCUCCUGGAUUCAAGCGAUUCUUCUGCCGCGGCCUCCCAAAGUGCUGGGAUGACAGGCAUGAGCCACCAUGCCUGGCUCAUGGAAUUUUUGUUUACUGUUUUUGUAAAGACAGGGUUUUGCCAUGUUGCCCAGGCUGGUCUUGAACUCCUGAGCUUAAGUGAUUUGUCCACCUUGGCCUCCCAAAAGCACUGAGAUUACAGGUGUGAGCUACCACUCCUGGACAGGGCUGUUGUUUGUUUUUGUUAUUUUGUUGUUGUUGUUGUUGUUUUGAGAGGGAGUCUCACUCUGUCACCCAGGCUGGAGUGCAAUGGUGUGAUCUCAGCUCACUGCAACCUCCAGGGAGCUGUAGUUUUUAUCGCUCUCCCAAACCCCCAUUGAUGGACAGACGAGGUAAAAGCCCUGGGUCAAAGUCACACAGUGCAUAAGAGGUUCCCGACCACACCCCAAAAGGCAUCUAGCCAAACCUCAGCAAUUCGCGAUCUCACUGAGCAGCUCGCCUGGGAGACUCGAGUUUGCUCUCCACUUCUUCCUUCUCUCCUUUCGGGCUCCAGUCAAGGUCAGUGCCAAGCUUCCUGCUCUGGGACACUCAGCAGCCACCCCCUCCUUCCUGGGUGAGGAAGGGAGGGAGCUACCGAGGAGGCAGGGACAUCCUUGUAGAACAUUCUGCUUUAUUCAUUUAUUUAUUUGAGACAGAGUCUGACCCUGUUGCCCAGGCUGGAGUGCAGUGAGGCAAUCUUGUCUCACUGCAACCUCCACCUCCCGGGUUCAAUCAAUUCUCCUGCCUCAGCCUCCCCAGUAGCUGGGAUUACAGGCACCUGCCACCACGCCUGGGUCAUUUGUUGUAUUUUUAGUAGAGACGGGGUUUCACUCUGUUGGCCAGGCUGAACACAUAUACCCUUAUGUGUACACAAUAUAUAUACACCCAUGCACUACCACGUAUACAUGUCCAUUUGCACACACCCAUAUAUGUAUACAGUGUAUGGAUCCCCAUAUCCACAUUACACACAAUGCAAACACAUCCACCUGUGUACACACACCACCUGAACACAAUGUAUGCACAUCUGUAUAAACACACUCCAGGCCGGGUGCAGGGGCUCCCGACGCGGGCAGAUCACCUGAGGUCAGGAGUUUGAGACCAGCCUGACCAACAUGGAGAAACCCCAUCUCUACUAAAAAUACAAAAUUAGCUGGACAUGGUGACACAUUCCUAUAACCCCAGCUACUUGGGAGGCUGAGGCUGAGAAUAGCUUUGAACACGGGAGGCGGAAGUUGCGGUGAGCAGAGAUCUCAGCAUUACACUUCAGCCUGGGCAACAAGAGUGAGACUCCAUCUCAAACACACACACACACACACACACACUCACACACACACGAAACACUUGCUAUAAAGAAAUACCAAAAUCAUAAUUAAAAAAAAAAUGAAACACACUCGAGAUAGCUGCCCAUACACGUAUGCAUGUGUGUGCCAAGUAUUUACACCCCCGAAGUAAAGCCACAUUCAGAUGAACCCACCUAACACCUGAGCACCCCUGCACAGCCCGUCCCCCGGCAUCCCGGGCCUCCAGCUCCCGGCUAACAUGUCCCGCUUUCCCCCCCCCGACAGCCAUGCUGAUCAGCCAGGUGACUUUCUCCUUUCCCAUGGCCCACUUCGUCCUCUUUGUCUUUACGGCGUCCACUGUAUUUCACGUUCAGCAGCGGCUAGCCAAGAUUCAAGCCAUGUGGGACUUAGAGGAGCAGGUGCCAGCACAGGCCUCCAUGUCAGAGGGGCUGGGACCCAGCCAGCCCAGGGGCAUGUGGACCAUCAACGCAAUAGGCCGCCUGGGGAACCAGAUGGGCGAGUACGCCACGCUGUACGCCCUGGCCAAGCUGAACGGGCGGCCCGCCUUCAUCCCGGCCCAGAUGCACAGCACCCUUGCCCCUAUCUUCAAGAUCACGCUGCCGGUGCUGCACAGCAGCACGGCCAGCAGCAUCCGCUGGCGGAACUACCACCUGAACGACUGGAUGGAGGAGGCGUACCGCCAUAUCCCGUGGGAGUACGUCCGCCUCACGGGCUACCCCUGCUCCUGGACCUUCUACCACCACCUCCGCCAGGAGAUCCUGCAGGAGUUCACCCUGCACGACCAUGUGCGCGAGGAGGCCCAGGGGUUCCUGCGGGGCCUGCGGUUGAAUGGGAGCCGGCCGGGCACCUUUGUGGGGGUCCAUGUACGCCGAGGGGACUACGUCUCUGUCAUGCCGCGGGUGUGGAAGGGGGUGGUGGCUGACCGGCACUACCUCGAGCAGGCCCUGGACUGGUUCCGGACUCACCACAGCAACCCCGUCUUCGUGGUCACCAGCAACGGCAUGCCCUGGUGUCGGCAGAACAUCGACACCUCCCGCGGCGACGUGGUAUUUGCUGGCGAUGGCAUCGAGGGCUCACCCGGCAAAGAUUUUGCACUGCUCACGCAGUGUAACCACACCAUCAUGACCAUCGGGACGUUCGGGAUCUGGGCGGCCUACCUCACCGGCGGGGACACCAUCUACCUGGCCAACUACACCCUCCCCGACUCCCCUUUCCUCAAAGUCUUUAAGCCGGAGGCAGCCUUCCUGCCGGAGUGGAUGGGGAUCGCUGCAGACCUGUCCCCCUUACUCAAGCACUGAUGCUGGCCUUGCCUUUGAAAUCCUGUCUCCUUCUCUGGCUCCCUCAAGAUGAGCGCUGGGGCAUGAGAGCUGUUCCAUGAACAGGACCCUCCUCUCUUCUGUGAAGAUGCUUUGGGCUGCAAGUAACAGAAAUCUCCAUGAACAAUGGCUGGGAGCCGUGGCUCACGCCUGUAAUCCCAGCACUUUGGGAGGCUGAGGUAGGCGGGUCACUUGAGGUCAGGAAUUCAACACCAGCCUGGCCAACAUGGUGAAAGCCUGUCUCUACUAAAAAUACAAAAAAUAAGCCAGGUGUGGUGGUGCACCCUGGUAAUCCCAGCUACUCGGGAGGCUGAGGCAAGAGAAUCACUUGAACCCAGGAGGCAGAGGUUGCAGUGAGCCAAGAUGGUGCCACUGUAUUCCCGCCUGGGUGACAGAGCAAGACUAUGUAUCCAAAAAAAAAAUGUCUGGGAGUGGUGGCUCACACCUGUCAUCCGAGGACUUUGGAAGGCCAAGGCAGGUGAAUCAUGAGGUCAGGAGUUCAAGAUCAGCCUGGCCUAGAUGGUGAAACCUCGUCUCUACUAAAAAUACAAAAAAGUCAGCCAGGCGUGGUGGCAGGUGCCCGUAGUCACAGCUACUUGGGAGGCUGAGGCAGAUAAUUGCUUGAACCCAGGAGGCAGAGGUUGCAGUGAGCUGAGAUUGCACCACUGCACUCCAGCCUGGGCGACAGAGACUCCAUCUCAAAAAAAAAAAAAAGAACAGGUUCAAAGAUCAUCAUCAUACAUAUCACACA